CCGCUGUCAGUAUGGAGGCAGUCCAGUACUCCAAGGGAUGGUAUGCGAUCAUUGGGAUGUAACCUCGUCUGUCCUCGUCUGUCGAUGCACUCUGUGUCCUUCUUUCCCCGAAAACCUCACCUCACUGAUCACAGGAUCGCAUCACAUGACGGGAAGCAAGGUCCAGUUGUAAAGGAAGGAAGGCGAGGCGCGGCGCAAGGGAAUUGAAGGCCGUAAAUUCUGAAUUAUGAAGGUCAGAUGGAUCGGUCUGAUUAUUCUUACUGUGGCGUUGUGGAGCACAUCCACAGCUUUUCAGUCAGAUGAGCUUCCUGAAGAUGAAGAUGAGUGGAUAGUGCCGGCAAGAGGACCACCAGCGCCAGCAGCCCCAGCCCCAGCGGGAGCAGCACCAGCGGUGAAGAUCCCUACAUCUGCUAGUCGAGUUCCUUCUGGUGCCGAUAAGAAAGUGCAGUUUACGCUCGAGCAUUCUUUUGGUGGAUCUGAAUUCAAGUCUGCUGGAGUGUUCACUGCCCGUGUUCGUGAGUCAGUCAAAGGUGGUCAGACCCUUCUCAAGUUCCGACUUUCAAGAAACUCAUUCACCAGCGAAGAGAAGUACUUGUUUCAGACUCUACUCGACAAUGAUGACUUCUACAGCGUUCGUGUUCCAGCCAAUGUAAUCAGCCCAGGAGAAGAGUUUGCUCUUACUUCUGUCAAAGCUCGCUGUCUUGCGUUAAGUAAUUUUCAAGAGCGCUUCGAUUUUCACGUGGACCAGGGCCAGGUCAUUGGAGUCACGUAUGGUUCUGCUGUCAGUUGCCCCUACCCUCGACCACUACAAACUCCUUCACAGUGGUCGUUUGACUCAUUGAUCGUUGUGAAGAGCAGUGAGCAGGCCUUAAGGUCUCUUACAAAUAUUGAUGCUUUUGAGGCUACUGGAGAUGAAGUUGCCGAGGAUGGAACGCUGGUGAAGAAGAUACCUGAAAAGUCUUUCUGGGCCAAAUAUUGGAUGUACAUACUCCCCAUUGGACUCAUUGUCCUCAACGCUAUUUCUCAAGUUGCUAAUAUAGCUGAAGAGGGAGCACCAGGACAAGGGCCACCCGGUGCUGCGCCACAACGUUUGGCUCCUGGAGGAGCUGGACCUAGAAGACGGUGAUGAUAUCCUACUUUUGGUUCAUAUUUUUCCAUCAGGGAGGUUCUUUAGAAUUGUAGAUGAUUUUCGGAUGAAAGAUGAGGUUCAACCAUAUAUACCAGCCCCUCAGUUCUCGAUUCCUGACGUACACUCUGCAGAAUUGUAUACUUCUUGAACGUGCUUCUUGCAUAUCUUAUGGCCUUCAGAUUCUCGGAUAGUUUCGUUACCUUCUGCCUGAGGCGGCUAUGUUGUCUUUUGACAUAUUGAAGGUUUAGGGUUUGGGAACUAAUUUCGUAUGAGAUUUGGAAGAAAUCCCACUGCCUGGCAGCCAUAAGAAAACACGAAACUGUUAUUUGACAGGAAAGCAUGUGGUAGCAAUUAUAGACCCAGCAAGGAGUAGUCUCAAGAUCAUAGUUAUCCAGUUUACCAGCAAAGAGUCGUUCCAGGAGAAAGAGGCUUUUUUGCGUUCAUGAUAAAGAAAUAUAGGUUUGGUAAGAUCUUCUACAGGCGUUUUGUUCUUACACGGGUUGAUCCCUUGCUGAGUGUAUGAUUUUUUCUAACGUCCCAAACAGGGCUCAUAUAUUUGAAUUGCAGCCUCUCUACGCUCGACCAUUACGUCUCCCGUUUGUCAUAUGCUGUAAUCUGAGUCGAUUGUAGACGCUAAUCGUGCAAAUGUAUCAUUCAGUUUCUUCCCGUGUUCGUAAUCACUACUUUGGCUCUCUCGAUGACGCCUUGUUUAAAAGUUGAGGCGUUGUGAUCUAUGUCUCAAAGCGUCACCACUGCAGUUGAACACCACUUUCUUCCCGACUACUAACUACAUUUUUUC